UUCUCCUUCAUCCCGUUUUCACUCCCAUGCUCUCUCUCUCUCUGACGCAUCUCCAUCUCUUCAUUCUUUUCUCUGCAGGAGCAUGGCUGAAGCCCCGUGGGAUGUCGCCGCAGUGGACCACCGCCGGCUCGUGCCCCACGGCCGCCGGGAAUGGAUCCCCUGUGCCUGGAUAUGCUUGGAUCCGGUUGGGCCCCGUCAUUCACGCGCCGCCGGACCUCAUCCCCAAACCUAUCCCGCACAUGCUUCGCCCCCAGACUCGUCUACAGGUGGCCCUCAAGCUACAUGUAUCGGGCAAAGAGCAGCUGUAGCCAAAGGACAUGAAUCUGAAACUGGACGCAAGAAGCAACUUGCAGCACAAAAUGGCACUAACGAAUCACAGCAACGGCGAGUUCCGGUUAAUCCUGAAAGCAGUAGUAACAAGUUUACUCCAGAGGAGGAUGCUGUUACCGGCUUUCCAAUGGAUCCUCUGGUAGUAGACAAUGGUCAUGCUCACCGUGUUCCUUUGAUUAAUGAUGGUCGUUCAUCCUCCACUUUGGGUCGAUCAAGUGGCACAGAUCCAAAUGCCCAAAGAUUCUACACCUCUCAGAUUGCUGCUGCCGAGAUGUCUAACCCAUCUACUGCAACUGGGCAUCAAGGCAAUACUGGUGAAUGGCACAAGGAAGAACCGAAUCCAGUACUCAGGACCAUUGAUGCCUCCCGGGGUAAACAUGGAAGAGAUCCUUAAAGAGAACGAGCGGCGGAUCCAACAAGCCGUGCGAAGGGUUCGUCUGGACAAGGGAAAGGGCAAGCACGCCGAGAGAGACCAGUCAGAGUCAGUGUUGUAUGCUGCCCAGAGAGUGGAUUUACAAGGAGAAGAGAUAGAACAGAGCUACUCGGGACUCCGCCGCCGCAGUCUUUCUCGAUGGCCUUCUGCUUUUGGCUUGAUGUGGAUUUUGAUUUCAUUGCGAUUCAUCCAUAGUGCAACUUGAUGUUCUUCAUUGCGGGGGGUGUCACAUUAAUGUGCUGUAAUAUGGAUAAUCGGCAGGGUAAAGUGAUCUUCUAUCUUGGAGGUGCGAAGCCGCCAUCUUAUGUGUCGUAUUUGUUAGUAUAACACUUGGAUGAAUACAUGUCACUUCUUUUCA